AUGAACAGAAAAACUCGUGUUGAGUCUAAAAUUGAUGUGCUCAUCAUUGGAGCGGGCCCAUCGGGCCUCAUGGCCGCAUACUGGAUGGCUCGCUGUGGUAUCAACGCACGUAUAAUCGACAAACGCAGCACGAAAGUCUUCGUAGGCCAUGCAGAUGGUCUUCGCCCUCGCACCCUGGAGCUAUUCGAUAGCAUGGGAUUUCAGCAUCGUGUUUUACACGAGGCAUCUUCAUCCACAGAAAUCAACAUUUGGGGCCCAGGCGGCGAAGGAAAUCUCAUCCGACAAUCGCUUUGGGAUAUGACCAAGCCGGAUGAAUCACCCUAUCAGAAUACUCGUCUAAGCCAAGGCCGCAUUGAAAGAUUUAUCCUUGACAGUAUUCAUGAGCACUCGGAUUUGAGAGUGGAACGGGGUAUUAUCACCGAGUCGUUAGAGUAUGAUGAGAAACUGGCAGAUGAUGCUGAUGCAUAUCCAAUCACUGUGAAGCUUCGAACUCUCAGUCCAGAAGACUUGAAUACACCAAAGUCUGGCCAGGAAGAAACUAAGAGCGAGUUGAAAUGCGAAGAUCUCCUUCCUGAUGACUGGGAAGAUCUGACCCAGCGUGAAAAGCAGGAGGAAAAAUUCGAGAAUGUCAAAGCCAAGUACCUGAUCGGGUGCGAUGGUGCUCACAGCUGGACUAGAAAACAGUUGGGUAUCCCUGUUGAAGGCUCUAAUACCGAUCAUGUUUGGGGAGUGGUAGAUGUGAUACCUAUCAGCAACUUCCCGGACAUUCGACGUGUCGGCGUAGUUUUCAACGCAGCAGGAACAAUCUUAGUAAUUCCGCGAGAGCGCGGACUGGUCCGUUUUUAUGUCCCAGUACACGUCUGUGAAGCGAACACAGGCGAUCGCUUCGACCGAUCAAUCAUAACGCUAACGCUAAUCCGAUCGCGGAUACAAGAAAUUCUUUCCCCGUUUACCUUCAACUUCACGGACUGCGAUUGGUGGACAGUGUACCAGGUGGGACAAAGGAUCGCAACACAGUUCACGAAGGGAGACAGGGUGUUCCUUGCUGGUGAUGCUGUACAUACGCACUCGCCGAAGAUGGGGCUUGGUAUGAAUAUGAGUCUGCAGGAUGGGUUUAAUCUUGGCUGGAAAGUUGCACUCGCAGUGGCGGGCACUGCAAAGCUGGAGAUACUGAAGACUUAUGAUUUGGAAAGACACCCGCUGGCUGAAAUGCUCAUCGAUUUUGAUCGCAAUUGGGUGACGAUGUUUCUUAAGGAGCAGACUGGAGAGGGCGAUGCAAAGACCAAAUCAUUAACUAGAAUGGCGAAGAAUUUUGAAGAUUUCGCCGAUGGGUGGAAGGUGUUUUACCCUGCUAGUAACAUCGUCUGGAAGUCUCCAGAUGAUGUUGGAUUUGCAUUUGCUAAAAACAUGAUUCCUGGGGAGAGGGUUCGACCUGUCAAACUCCGCAACCAGGCUGAUGGGGCCCCGCAGUGGACAACAAGAUUGCUGAAAAGCGACGGCCGCUUUCGCGUUCUCGUGCUGGCUGGCGAUGUGCAUCACCCAAUUCAAAAGCAACGCGUCGAGACAUUGAGCCAGGCCUUGAGCAGGCAGCCUGAAUCGAGCGUUCCACUUUUGGAUCGCUAUGCUGCAAUUACGGGACGAUUUGUGAGUCCCAUCGAUGUAUUCACCAUCCACUGCGCUCCAUGGAAAGAAGUUGGAUUCUUCGACUUUCCAGAUUGCCUACGUCCGUUCAGCACGACAACAGGCUAUGCAUACGAAAAGAUCUGGUGUGAUGAUACGUGUAUAUUUGAUAGAUAUUGUGACGGGACAGCUUAUGAAAAGUGGGGAGUUGACCGAAACCUCGGCGCACUGGUAGUAAUUCGCCCUGAUCAAUAUAUCGGAUGGGUAGGUCGACUGGAAGAUGUCCGGGGAAUGACGCGGUAUUUUGAUGACGUUCUUGUGACUAAAACAACUGGGAAUGGCAUUGAGGCAUCGAUUUAA